GGCCACGUGUGCUCGAAAUAAAGACAAUCGAUCAAAGUUAAAGAUGACCAAAACUACUGGUACAAGAAGUUUUGCUCGAGUUAGAGCUGAAGAGGCUCAAAAAUUAGGACAUGACCCAACAGAAGUAGAAAUGUUUUACUUGACACACAAAAAGAAGAAUGGGUCAAUGGUUGAUUCGACGUCAGCAGAAAUUGUGGAAAAUAUUCAAACUAUAGCAGCCCAAAGAGCUGAGGAGCAGCCUUCUGAACCUGUUGAUGAAAAUCAGAUUUUUCUUGAAGUGAUGGGCAAAGAAAGGCAUGGUCGAGUUCGUGGAUAUGGUUUCGGCCCCACACCUUCUUCAGUCUCUAGCAAGCUUCCUUCUCAAUUACAAAUGGCUUCAACAAUUGAAACACUAAGACAAGAGAAUAAAAAGUUAAAAGAAAAACUAAGCACAGUAGAGCAAACCCAAGCAGAAACUCUUAGCUUGCUAAAAAGCUUCAUGCAAGAGGUUAGAUUAGGAAGGGUUAGUAAUGAAUGAUGAUGCUCUACUGAUAUGACAUGUUUUAGUUGAUGUAUAGUGUUUAACAUUCCAUAUUUUGUAGGUUUAUUGAUUUUGUAAAGUGAUACUUUGAAUUGUAGUUUUUGAU